UUUCAUAUAAAAGUGUUUCACAGGCAUACUUUUAUAUGUCUACUGUGAUAGUAUCAUAUGUUUUUUAUUUUCAGAACAAACUUUUUUAUGAAAGAGAACAAGUACUACACCCACCUGACUUUCUUCAUUCCAUUUGCAUAUGUGUUUGCUCUUGGUCUGUUCUUCAGUGAGGAAAGUCAACAUACUCAAGUCCUUCAUAGAGACCAGACAGAUGAAACUAAAGGUUGGAUGCAACUGAUUAUACUAAUAUAUCACAUGACUGGAGCAAGCCAGGUCCUUCCUAUAUACAUGCAUGUACGAGUACUGGUCACAGCUUACUUAUUUCUUUCGGGGUAUGGUCAUUUCACCUAUUUUUGGCAUACUGGAGAUUAUGGCUUAUAUAGGCUUUGGCAUAGUCGAAUGCGUCAUUUCCCGAUUUAUUGGCGUUCUCAUGGUAAUUGGAUUAGAAGAUUACUAGAAGUUUUGUUUCGUAUGAACCUACUUGUCUUGGUCCUAUGCCUUUCAAUGAACCGUCCGUACCAGUUUUACUACUUUGUACCUUUAGUAUCUUUCUGGUAUGCUGUAAACUAUGUUACUAUGGCAAUAAUUCCACAAGUCACUAGCAGCUCUGCUGAAGCCAACCCACUCCAGUACCUGUACAUGGUUUUGAAAUUUGUUGUUCUUUUCAGCAUUGUUACAGUUCUUUACAUGUCUGAGGUUUUCUUUGAAAAGAUUUUUGUUACACGGCCAUGGAAAGCACUGUUUGUAACAACUGAUGAUUCAAUUAAGGAGUGGUGGUUUAGAUGGAAAAUUGACCGAUAUAGUGUUGCUUCAGGAAUGCUAUUUGCUUUUGCUUAUUAUCUCCUUCGUCAGUAUCGGAUUAUAGAUGACAAUAACCAUAGCAACUUGUUUUCCCGAGGCCUUUCAUUAACUGCAACAUUAGUCUCAAUCAUUGGAUUAGGAAUUUAUGCAACAUUUGCCUUCCUGUGUCGAAACAAACCAGAAUGCAAUGAGAUUCAUCCAUAUAUUUCUUUUGUGCCAAUAUUAUCCUUCAUUGUUCUUCGCAACAUUAGUGGACUUUUACGAACUCGAUAUAGCACAUUCUUUGCUUGGUUUGGUAAAAUCUCUUUAGAGCUAUUUAUAGCCCAGUAUCACAUUUGGUUAGCAGCAGACACUCAUGGUGUGUUAGUUCUUGUGCCUAGUUAUCCAGUACUGAAUGUGAUCAUUACAUCCUUCAUAUUUGUAUGUAUUGCUCAUGAGGUGCACCAUAUCACUCGUAUCCUUGUAAAAUAUGCCAUUCCAAGUGACUGGCGUUAUCUUGUGAGAAAUGUAGUGAUCUUCUUUUUGAUUUUAGUACCUAUUGGAUUUCAUGAUGGAAUGUUUUAAAGGAAAAACAAAAAGUGCCCUGUCUUUAAUGUGUGUUUUUAAAGCUGCUAUCUCAUGUUGUGAAAAACAAAGUUUCUGUAAUAAUAUUAAUGCUAAACACUUAAAGAGAAAAACAUGUAAAUGUUUGAAUUCUUA